GAGUCGUAUUCGGCAUUCGCGUUGAGCGGCAACGACGACGACGCCGUUUUCAUUCGCUAUUGAUAAUUUAACGUGUGCGGUUGCAGCCGACUCGCCUACCUAUCACCUAAAUGUACAUCAUAUUAUAAUAACAACGUUGCACUGAAGCGCGCACGCUAACCAACGGCUAAUUUUAAGUUAGGUACCCAUAUUAUAAUCGACAAGGCUACAACUUUACCACAGCCGAACCGUCCGCAAACCAUUAUAAUAACAGUAAUAAUAAAUACCUAAUAAUAAUGUAUUCUGACUUGAAAGUAAGACCUAAAUCUUAUUAAUCUUGCAGUAUACAGCGCCCGUUCCAUCGGAUUUUCGCGGCGAUACAGCCGAACCGGUCCACUGCGUCACGACACCGACCGAGCGGUGCGUAUUUAUUUAUUUAUCUCAACUGUUUUUUUACUCCUCUUCAGCCGUCUGGUAGCGCGUUUCGUUUAGUUUCGUCUCCAUUAGCCGUUUUAUGCGUAAGAUGUUAGAUUAUUAUACUUCGCCAAGACCGAAUCUCGAACGCAUGUGUAUGUAAAAUCAACAUAAUAUAAUAAGAUUAAUAUAGUUUGUAAUAAUAAUAAUAAUAAUAAUAAUAAUAAUAUAUAAAUGUAUAAUAACAAUACCGUUAAACCGUCGCGCAUUUGAUCGAUUAUUAUUUUUAUUUAUUCAUUAUUUUAACACUGUAAAGAGACCUUUGUUAUAAAUGUCUGAUGCAACAAAGACAACGAUUCCGGUGCUGUUGCAAGUGACCGCGGCCGAAGACGAAUUGCAGCCGCUGAACGUCGAAUCUGCGAACGGUGUUCGCGGUUCAGAUGAUGAUAGUUUGACCGAGGUCGUGAUUUCCGAUAGUAACCUUGAACCUCUAAGUAUUGUGUUUAAUAAAUUCACUCACGAAUAUCCUAUUACUCCAUCGGCGAAUAAUUCCAUACUUGGUACAACAACUAACGAAAUAAUGGCUAACUAUGCAGAUGUUGUAGAGAAAGCUAGAACAGCUUUCAAUAGUAAUCAAACAAAAUCGUUACAUCUCAGAAAACAUCACCUUAGGCAACUUCUCAAACUCUUAAAUGAAAAUUCUUCAGAUUUGCAAUUAGCCUUAGCUUCUGAUUUAAGAAAGAGCAAACAAGAAGCAGUAUUAUUUGAAAUUGAAUAUUUAAAAAAUGAUAUUGUCAACGCUCUAGGUUCAGUAGAAUCCUGGAUGAAAACAGAAAGGCCUGAUAAACCAUUGAUUAAUAUAAUGGAUGAUGUAUUAAUACAUAAGGAUCCAUAUGGAGUUGUAUUGGUAAUGGGAGCUUGGAAUUACCCAUUACAGCUAACUCUGUUACCUGUUGUUGGUGCAAUAGCUGCUGGGAAUAGUGUUGUUAUAAAGCCUUCUGAAAUAGCUCCAGCUACUGCUAAACUUAUUGCUGAACUAGUGCCAAAAUAUCUCAACAGAGAUGCUUUUCCAGUUAUUUUAGGAGGCGUAGAAGAAACAACUCAGUUACUUAAACAAAGAUUUGAUUAUAUUUUCUAUACAGGAUCAACAUCUGUAGGGAAAAUAGUUAGAGCUGCUGCAAAUGAAUACUUAACACCUGUCACAUUGGAAUUAGGUGGUAAAAGCCCCUUAUAUAUAGAUGGUACUGUUAAUAUGGAUAUUGCCGUUAAGCGUAUAAUUUGGGGAAAAUGUAUUAAUGCUGGACAAACAUGUAUUGCACCAGACUAUAUUUUGUGUACUCGUCAAAUUCAAAAUACAUUUGUAGAGAAAGCGAAACAACUGAUAAAAACCUGGUACACUGAUGAUCCAAAAAAUUCUCCAGAUUUUUGUAGAAUAGUUUCUGAAAAACAUUUUGUGAGGUUAUUAGACUUGAUGACUAAUAGCGGAUCAAUUGCAGUUGGUGGCAGACAUGACAAAAAAGAUCUCUAUAUUGAACCAACAAUAUUGACUGAUGUGAAACCUACAGAUCCUAUAAUGAAAGAAGAAAUUUUUGGUCCAAUUUUACCAAUUGUAAUUGUUGAUAAUGCUUAUGAUGCUAUCAAUUUUAUUAACGGCAGGAGUAAACCAUUAACAUUAUAUGUAUUCUCUUCCGACCAAGAAAUGCAGAAUUUAUUUAUGAGACAAACUUCUAGUGGAUCAUUUUGUGUAAAUGACACCGUUAGUCAUUAUGCCGUUGAAAAUCUACCAUUUGGAGGAGUUGGUCUUAGUGGAAUGGGAGCCUACCAUGGAAAACAUACUUUUGAUACAUUCACUCAUCGGAAAAGCUGUUUGAUCAAAGAUUUUAACAUCAUUGGAGAAUCAUUUUCUUCUGCAAAAUAUCCGCCAUAUUCUGACAAGAAACUAAGCAUGGUAUCUUUCUUGAUGAAGAAGAAACCAAACAUUAAUUUCAAAUUUCUGCCAUAUGUGUUUGUAUUUGGUCUUGGGGUUUGUGCUACCUUUGCAUUCAAGUAUUUAAAUAAGGUACAUUCAAGGUCUAAUUUUCGUUUUUAAACGAAUCAUAUUUUUAAGUUCAUUAAUCAUAUUAUAACAUAACCUUAUUUAUCACCUUUAUAAGAGAUGUUACCAAAAUAAUAAAACUUAACAUAUUGCACAUUUUUAAAAAAUAUACCACCUGAAGUCUAUACAUAUUUUUAUAUUUUCUUAAGAACUUAUGCUUUGCCGUAAUCUUUUAUGUUUUUUUUUUUUUACAGAAAUAAUAGUAUUUUUAUAAUUUCAUUAGUUUAUAUUAUUUAUUUUAACUAUAAAAAUUUAUAGUUAAUAUUAAAAUAACUUAUUUUAUAAAUAUAUAUUUUUUUUAUAUAACUUA